AUGGAGAUCGCAAACUUGGACGUUGCCAAAAUAUUUUUGGCCCCGAUUCUGGAUAAAACCGAAGCUGUGGGAGCACGGCUCGGCCACCUGGGAAGUGCCGCGGCCGAGGCGCGCAGCGAGCCCCAUCGCACCCGGGUUUCCAUGUACAGCGUGCGCAUUUGUAUUGUCAAGGGCAAGACCACAACGGCUGAGCCGAUGGUAAGCGGGAAGAUGCUGUGUGAAGGCAGAAGCGGUGGCUGCUGGCUGGCCGUGCUCAGGCGAGCCUUCCCCAGGGAAACGCCUGAACGGGCCACGGAUGCAAAGCGCGGGGCGGGAGGACGAGGCCCGGCGCCAGCCAGCGGAUCACGGGGUGGCUGCUCCUUCCCGCGCAGGGGUCUUUCAGGUUACAGCCUCUUCGCGCUCGGCAUCGGCAGCCUCCUGCUGGGCUACUACACCCUCAUCAAGUGGAACCGGGAGCGCAGGCGGUUGCUCAUCGAGGACCUGGAAGCGCGAAUCGCCCUGAUGCCGCUGCUCCAGGCCGAGUCGGAUCGCAGAACCCUGCGCCUGCUGCGGCAGAACCUGGAUGAGGAGGCCAAAAUCAUGAAGGACGUUCCUGGCUGGGAGGGAUGGCCGGGGGUCUGUGGGGUCAGCCGCAAUGGCCGGGGGAUGUCGGAUGAAACGGUCUCCGGGGGCUGCCAGGACACCCAGGGGACGUGGCUGGUCCGUGGGGUCAGCCUGGACGCUGUGGGGCCACCCCGCAGCCAGGGACGCGGCAGGACCCUGGCCCCGUAA